UUAGCGUCAACCAUCGCACUGAAUUUCGGCUGAGAUUUUUUGUUUUUGUUUUCACACGAGCAGGCAACGAACUGUUGGAAAAUUCUUCACGCGAAUACGGCUGCAAACUAUAACUACACGCGAAUAGGUGAUUAACCAUUAAUCAACAUGCCCGACAUGACGUUCGAACAAGUGCUGCACAAAGGCAGCUCGACCAACAUGGGCGGCCUUGGAUCCAUGUUCAGCAAGGACCGCGAAGCUUCCAAGAUGGCCAUCAAUCAAUAUUUCCAGCACUGGGAUGGCAAAACGGCAAAGACCGAGACCAAUGAGGUGCGCGAGGCAAGAAAGUCGGACUAUGCCACAUUGACGAGACAGUACUACAACCUGGUAACCGACUUUUACGAGUACGGAUGGGGCCAAUCGUUCCACUUCUGCACCUUUGCCUACGGAGAAACCUUUGCCUCGGCCAUAAAACGAUACGAGUACACCCUCGCGCACCGCAUCGGUAUCAAAAAGGGCAUGAAGGUUUUGGAUGUUGGAUGCGGCGUCGGCGGGCCCGCGCGGCAAAUAGCAAAAUUCACAGGCGCCAACAUCACGGGAAUUACAAUAAACGAAUACCAGGUCGAGCGAGCCACGCGCUAUGCCGAGAUGGAAGGUUUCGAGCUCGGCAAGCAAUUGGAGUUUGUUCAGGGAGAUUUCAUGUCGCUGCCUUUCGAAAAGGAGACGUUCGACGCCGUAUACUCGAUCGAGGCGACCGUGCACGCCCCAAAACUGGAGGACGUCUACAGGCAAGUCUUCAACGUCCUCAAGCCCGGUGGCAUCUUUGGGCUGUACGAGUGGGUCAUGACGGACGACUACGACGAAAACAACCUCCACCACAAAGAGAUCCGCUUCGGCAUCGAGCACGGUGGCGGCAUCGCCAAUCUGCAGACGAGCAAAGCCGCCAUCGCGGCCAUCAAAGCGGCCGGGUUUGAGCUCCUCGAAUGCGAGGAUCUGGCCCAAAACUCGGACCGCGCGCCUUGGUAUUGGCCGUUGGCAGGAAAUAGCUGGCGAUAUGCCAGCACAUUUGGGGACAUCUUUUCGACGUUUUCAAUGACUCCUGCCGGUCGCACGCUUGCGCACACCCUGCUGGGGUUUGUGGAAGCCAUCGGUCUGGCACCCCCUGGUACGAAAAAGACAGCUGACAGCUUGUCUACGACGGCAAGUGCGUUGGUCGCGGGAGGAAAGGAGGGGUUGUUCACGCCCAUGUUUUUGAUGGUGGCAAGGAAGCCGGUUACGCAAGAAUGAAAUGGUAGCUGGGACAGGCAGGGUUAGGCAUGGUGAGUUUGCGCAACCAAAGGAACCCUGUACACCACCAGCCUGGCCGCUAUAAUGAGGUCCCUAGGCCCAUGCUCCUCGUGUAGGUAAACAGACCUCGGACUAGCGACUAGAGCAGGCGCACCCUGAUAAUUGCGCCUUGGCUAAUAGGUUGGAAGUGUUGGACAGAGGUUUCGAUUUUAAUGUGCGAAAUUAAAUGCAAGGGAAAUUAACCCGGGAUCGGAGGCAGAGGAGUACGUCUUGUAAUUAAUACUUGGGAACCAGCUUGCUUAGCUUUAAAUCAUUUGGAAGUCGUCUCCAAGGUUGCAGUCAGUUAACCCCCUUAAAACAUCUCAGGCCUCCGACAGAGACGUAACCGGGAGCCAGCGCAGCGGGCCGGGAAAAUCGCAAACAGACCAUUG